UUUUGACAACAAUACAUUCUACAAUUCUACUCCUUACUAUUCCCCCUUCCAAUUACCCCACCAAUGAAACACCCUAGCAAAGAGAGUGUGUGUGUGUGUGUGGCAUCCCAAAGAUCCUAAAAGGAAUAUGACUGCAGACCUGACAGGGUAUACCAAAUCAUAGAUAAUCUGUAAACAUAGCAUAAUUGUAUGUGAAGUUUCUGUUUCUAAUUUAUAUGCUGUUUCUUCUGAGGAUGAUUCUGUAGUAUUGCAGGCUAAUUCUGCCCAUAGUCUGGAGUUCAAUCCUGAUGGGGUCAAGGUUGACUCAGCCUUCCAUACUUCUGAGUCUGGUAAAAUGAGGACCCAGAUAGUUGGGGGCAAUAUGUUGACAUUAUAAAAUCAGAGAAUGCUGUGUAGCAUUAUGAGGGGGUAUAUAAGUCUUAAGUUCUACUACCCCUCUUCCUCCACUAUUUAUCCCUCUUUUUUCAAGCCUUGGGUGAUUUGUAGUGAUGCCUUUUACUAGCUGGAGAAUGAUAGCCAGGCCUUACAACCUGAUUUCCAGUUGAAAUAUACAAUAUUCCCCACUUAUGGCUUUGACACCCCCCCCCCCCCCAAAUAAUCACAAAUAUCUGUGUGAUCUCAUGAAAUCAGUUCAUUCUCUAUAAAAGAGACACAAUCUGUAUUGUUGCCAUGGUUCUGGCAAUUCUAUGAGGUCAAGAAUCAUGAUAAAAUGAUGUCAUAACCAUGUGCCCGUUCCGGAGCCAUUUAGUCAUCCCUAUUUUUUUAGGGAUCCACAUUGCAUAACGUGGAGUUUAUUUUUUAUGGCCCUUCCUUGUUAUGUUAUGUAAACUUAAUCAUAGUAGCUGCUAACCUUCAGAUCUUAUGUAUUAGAUAUGAACUGUCUGGUUUAAUGUCUAUUGAGAUUCUGUACAUUUGAAUUGUAUAUAUUCUCUUAUAUUCAUUUUUUCCAUCCAGGGAUUUUACUGGAAACACAAUUUCUUCUAUUAACAAACAUGUGUGGUGGGCCUAUCCUUGGACGGAAUAUUUGAUCCUCAAGAACAAUCACUUGAGCAGACUGGAUAACACGUCUCUAGAUGGCUUGCUUCCACUCACACACCUGGAUGUCUCAUAUAAUCAAAUACAGAUCAUUGACAAAAACGCAUUUGAACCUGUUCCACUUCUGCAGUCUAUCAAUCUCAGUGGCAACCAUAUUUUGCAGAUAACGCAAGGAGCUUUUCAGGCCUGGCACGGGAUGCAGUUUCUAUACAAGUUGAUUCUCAGCCAUAACCCACUGAGAAAGAUUGAGGAUUCCCAUUUCUACACAUUGCCCUCCCUGAAAUUCCUGGACCUUGGUUCUACAAAAAUAACCAUAGACAUAUUAGAGAAUUUGCUCAAAAUCUCCUUCAAGUUGAAAACUCUUAUUUUGCCUAGGAAACUGUCCUGCUGCCUUUGCCAAAAUCAGGAUACCAUUGAAACGUCUAAUACCAUCAAGUUGGAUUGCCCCAAAGAAUGUGUCGCAAAUGCCUUUGACUAUGAGAAAGAAGAACUUUGGGGAACUAUGGAAGAUAAAGUAAAGAAAGUACUGAAAACUAGAAAAUUAAAUGCCACCAACAUACUAAAUAUUGUCCCUGAAAAACCUGAACAACAUAAUGUCACGCUAUCACUCAUGGUGACUCACGGACGUACUCAUUUAGGUAUCCAUUUUCAUCAACACAUACCAGAUAAUUUACAAUCAGUCAAUGGAUUCAUUCCUGAUGAAUACGUGGAUGUGAAGUGGUCUGAUAAAAAAGAGCUGGAGAAACUGUACAAGUUAACAAAUUUGCUACAGGUGGCUCUCAAAGCAAAAUUAGCAGAAAACGAAGGGGAGUCUCAAGGGUUGGAGAUCCAAAAGGAAUUGCCUGUAGAAAUUCCAGAUUAUGGCAACAUCAUCCUGAGCAAUAAAAGCCAUCGGAAAAAAUUAAAGAACCAUCUGAAAAGGGUAAAAAGGGAUCACUGGCUUGGAAAAAAUCCAAGGGAAAAAGAGUUAUUUUAUAGGUUGUUCAGAAAAAGCUUAGAAUUUGCAAAUGCAACUAGAAAACUUGCAGGAGAACAAGGAAAACUUGUUUUGUAUACCAUGGCAGAAAGAUGGGAGAAGCUAGCAAAGGAACUAAAGUUUCAGAAGUCUGUUUCCUUUAAUAGGCUUCUUCUAGCAGCACUUCAUUCCUUACAGAAUCACUCCAUUUCGAAUCUUCCAACUAAACUGCCUCCCUUCACUGAUUCUGUGGUAGUUGAGGAUGGUGCUGAAGACUCAGAAACUUUGAACGAAGACUUGCCUGGUAUAACACUGUCUCAUGAGACACAUUGGGAGCAUCAUGAACAAACCAUCUCUGCUCUCCCUUUGCUUCGUCUUUUGAGAAACAUUAACAAUUGGCUUCAGGAUGAACUCUAUGAAGUUGAGUUAAACACAUUGUUGGCAUCUGUCUUCCCAAGGGAGUCUGAAAUUCUUUUCAGGAAACUCUUUUACUGCCUGAUCCAUCUUGUCAAUGUGAACUGCAGAGAGCCCACUAUCCAGAUGGCUUGUGCUGAAUUAAUCUCUAGAAUGGAUCUCACGAAGGACUUCAGUGUGAAAAGCAGUCAGGAGACACCUGUUCUAUUGAACUCCUACUUUUGGCCCACUGAGAAUGUAAAUGAUAUGAUUAUGGCAAACUCCAGAAAAAUGGAGAAACCUUCUGAUGAGAUAGCAUGGCAGGAAAUUCCACAAUUUGAGUAUUACAAAAAGUUGCUGUUGGGUAUUUCGGUGGCAGUGUUGAUAAUGGUUAUCAUUGCAAUGAUUAUUUUGAUUAUGUACCUCAGGAACAGAAGAAGAGGAACCAAAGGCACUCCAAAGAAAGUAAGUUUAGGAGAGGAAGAGGGAGGUGAAGAAAACCUAUCAUACUAUGAUCGUAUAUAGUUGGAAUAGAGCUGUUUAUCACCUAAACCACUGUAAAAUUUUAUUUUGUGGUUUAUAUUGAAUAUUAUUAAAUAUAUUAUCUGAUGUAAAAAAUUUAUUGCUGUCUUUGACCUAAUGCUUAAAAACAUUUCAGAAUUGCCAUUAUCCCACUGUGAACAACUGCACUUCUGUUAGGCUAACUUUAUUACUGCACAUGGCCAUAGUGACUACCAGUGAUAACAUCUAUAGGUUUCCUGGUGCCAGAAAGUUGCUUUACAACUGUGUAGAACCUUCACGUGACAUUUGUACGGAGCCAAGCUUACCUUCGCGUGUAUGUAUUCAUUUAUUUGUUGCAUCUCUAUAAAAUGUUUAAUAAUAUUUUCAGGUUCCCAAAUGACACAAUAAAGUAUAUCUGUAAUUAUAAAUAUGACUAUAAAUUGUAAAAAAAGUAGCAGUGAGUGAAAUGAAACUCAUAGUGCGACUAAGAAUUCACAACAUUUACAGCCCAAAAUGAAAACGUAGUGGAUAUUAAAAAGUUGGGGAAUAAAACAAUAUCCACUUGAUAGCAAAAUAACAGAAUUAGCUUUAUAAGACUAUUCUCCUUUUUUUUAGUGAAAACUUUCUGCGGUAUUUUCCUCACUUCAUUUGUCAGGAGCACCUGAAAACAACCUCUGAGAAGGUUUUCAGGGUACAAAUUGAGAUGUGAGAUUUCUAAAAGGUUGGUCCCAAUUCAAAAGAGCAAUGGAUGUAGAGCCCAGAAACAUUAUGUGCAGCUAAUAAAUCACUGGAGUAGCAUGGCAAAUUGGUCUGUCUCUUUAAAAAAUCUUGUAGCGUUAUUUUGGCCAACCAAAAUUUCAAGAUCCUUAAAAACAAUACACUGUGGAAGAUAAUCACAUCAGGAUGAAGAGUAUGCCAUUUGUCACCUGUGGGAAAAAUCAGAACUAGCUUAUCAGCCAAAACUGAUGAAGAAUGUUUAUUUCUUGUCACAGAAGCUGCUGAGGUUCUAUGGGGCAACAUUGGACCAGGAAACUCUGUGAUAACGCCAUUCAGAACUGAAUGAAUACUUUAAACCAGCAGUCCUCAACUUUUCUGGCUCUGCAGACCUGGGGAGAGGGGAUGGUUUUGUGUAUGUGUGUUUGCCAUUUGCGCAAAUGCAGCUUUGUGCACUUGCGCUCUUGUCUACCACUUGUGUAGCCCACUUCCCAAAAGGUUUAGGUACCUCUGCUUUAAACAUACAUGCACACACAUCGUAUUAGAAAUUGUUGAGAACAUUUGUAGCUCAGGUUUAAGUUUUGGCAGUAGUCUGUUCUCUAAGCAUUCUGUUUGGCUCCCAGACUAGGUAACAUCUUCAGUGGGAUUUUGAAUAAAGUGUCUUGUUUAAUUUCUUCUCUGCUUAUAUAGGUGCUGUUUGGUAUUUUGGUCAAUUGGUCAUGUGAUUGGUUUAUGGGGCAUGAAAUUCAACUGGUAAGGAGGUGGUCGGUUCUGUUGCCGAUUGGUGGUUCAGGUAGUCUGUUUCCUUAUUGGUUAAUAUGAUAGUUCAAAGUCGAUGUGCUUGUUUUUUUAAAAAAAAAU